GCAUCCAGUCCACAAUCGAACAACCACAUUUGGAUAUCAAGUACCGGGACAGGUUACAAAUGUGUCUAUGAAAAAAGACUCCACAAAUCUCUUGUUUGUUGUCGGACCUUACUCGUCAUCCAGAUACACAAUUCCUUUCUGGGUAGACAGUGCAUUUCCGCAU